GUGAAAGGAUGGCCGCCAACAUGCAGCUUCUCCCCCUGCUCGCCGCCCUCUGCGCCGUUCUCGCCGGCGUUGCUCUCGCCCACCCCGUCUCCAACUUCACCAUCGAAGGCCGCGUUUAUUGCGACACCUGCCGCGCCGGCUUCGUCACCUCCGCCAGCCAGUACAUUCAAGGUGCGAAGGUGAAGCUGGAGUGCCGGCACUACGAGACGGACGCCGUGAACCAGUACGCGGAGGGGGUGACGGACGCCACCGGGUCGUACCACUUGGAGGUGGAAGACCAACACGAGGAGGAGAUCUGCGAGGUGGUGCUGGUGGGCAGCCCCCUCAAAGGCGACUGCGACGAGGUCAGCAACGGGAGGGACCGCGCGCGAAUCCUCGUCGCCGGCCGCAGCGGCCUCGUCACCCCAGUCCGCUACGCCAACGACCUCGGCUUCCUCAAGAGCACGCCGCUGCCCCACUGCGGCGCCCUCCUCCAACAGUUCGCUCUCGGCGAAGACGACCACUAUUGAUCGAUGGAUGGAUGGAUGAAGAAAUCAAUUAUUCUUUUCAUGCUCGAUCAAUUAAUUACUCUAUGUAUUCGAGUGGUGCGUGUGCAUCGUGUGCAUGUGAGGAGCUCUUAUUGGCGCAAUGGUAAAAUUAGUAUCGUGUGAUCAUAUAUUCG